AUGGGUCUGGCCGGGGCCCAAGAGGUUGGGAACGCAGGGGGGGAGUAUGGAAAUGGGCUGUCGAAGCUACUCCCUGUGGGUAAGGGAAAGUACAUGAGGAUGGAUGAGGAGCUCGCCCACGAGGGAGAUGAGAACGAAACGGGUAGGAUCUCGCCCCAUGCCAGCGACAGGAUAACCAGCACCAAGAAGUUCGUCUUCGCCUGCGCCAUCUUCGCGUCUCUCAACUCUGCCCUUCUUGGCUACGGUAAAAUUCAGCUGUUCCAACCUCUUACGAUGUCGCUCGCCUUUGGAUGCUCUAUCUAGAAUUCACCCGAUCGCUGCCUUAGAAAAACUACUGCCGAACCAACAAUGAUGCAAAUCUCGCUAAUUGAAAUUUCCUUUUGCAUCUUUUGACGUUCCGUAACCUGUUUCCCGUUUGGUCCUAUCCUUUUUAAUGUGGCUUUUCUCUUUAGAUCGCUAUGUCUAGCUGGUCGAUGCUUUGGGUUGAUAUCUUGUAUGUCACAAUGAUUUCAUCUUGUCAAAAUUUAUGUUUCCACAAUUUUUUGGAAUUUUUUAUACGCUCACCUCGGAAGUACGCCACAAUGAAAUAUAUUUGUUUAUUUUGAAUUUUUCCGUCUUCGAAAAUGAUGAAACCGCUCUUUCUCAUAGUUUUUUUCCAAUAUCUGAUGUGAUGGAUAAAAUAAGAAUAUCUAAUUGCACUUUAAUUUGAGAUGUUUGUCUUAUCUAUUGUCUAUGACGCUAAACAUAGUGGGCAUUAUUUAAUGUCACUUAAAACCGGUAAUCAAUGGUUCCAUAGAUCUAGCCUCACCUUCCUAAAUCAAUUAGACUCGUUGUUGGAGUAAAAAUUCCCGUUUUUUUUCAUAGUUCACUUUAGAGGCUGGCAUAUUUCGAUAGUAGUGAACUUAAUUCUUCUAUGAUUUAUUUAUUUUACUUAUUUCUUAGAAAAUUUCAGACCCCCCCCCCCUUAUCAUUUGUGCAGUGAUAAAUAUUCCAGUAGCUGCCAAACUAGUUUCUAUUUCGUCUGAUCCUUCAAUUACAUUUUUGUGAUUGUGUGAAUUUCUUCUGGCACGCAUGCUGCAGAUGUUGGGGUUAUGAGUGGAGCAAUUCUUUUCAUCCAGGAAGAUCUGAAGAUAACGGUUGUACAGGAGGAGGUUUUAGUGGGAUGCUUGAGCUUCGUUUCACUUCUUGGCAGUUUGGGAGGAGGAAAGACCUCAGAUAUUGUUGGUAGGAAAUGGACGAUCGGCUUGGCUGCCAUAGUUUUUCAAAGUGGUGCAAUUGUAAUGGCUUGCGCUCCUUCUUUCCAAUUCUUAAUGAUAGGCAGACUUAUGGCAGGAGUCGGAAUAGGGUUUGGGGUUAUGAUUGCUCCAGUGUACAUUGCUGAGAUAUCACCUGCUAUGGCCAGAGGCACUCUCACUUCAUUCCCUGAGAUCUUCAUAAAUAUAGGAAUCCUUCUUGGCUACAUUUCAAACUAUAUUUUUUCAGGUCUUCCAGCGCAUGUAAGCUGGAGGAUAAUGCUUGCUGUUGGGAUUCUUCCAUCCAUAUUCAUUGCUUUUGCGUUAUUUUUAAUCCCCGAAUCCCCCAGAUGGCUUGUUAUGCAGAAUCGUGCGGAAGAAGCUAGAUUGGUUCUGUCAAGCAUAUGUGAAAAUGAGGCAGAAAUCAAUCAGAGACUAGCUGAGAUAGAGGAAGCCGCAGGGACAAAAAAUGGUGUUAAGUAUGUAGAGAAAGCUGUCUGGCGGGAAUUCUUGCGGCCAUCACCUGCACUGCGCAAGAUGCUGAUUGUAGGGAUUGGUAUUCAGUGCUUCCAGCAGAUCACAGGUAUUGAUGCAACUGUAUAUUACAGCCCGGCAAUAUUCAAGGAUGCAGGGAUAAAGAGUAAUAAAUCGGUUCUGGCUGCCACUGUUGCUGUUGGAUUCACCAAGACUGCGUUCAUAUUGGUCGCGAUUAUGCUCAUUGACAAAGUGGGAAGGAAACCUCUGUUGUAUGUCAGCACGAUUGGGAUGACAGCUUGUUUGUUUGGGCUGGGUCUUGCCCUCUCUUUUCUUCAACAUGGAGUGGGAUCAAAGGAGUUUGGGAUUUUUAUGGCGAUUCUAGCGGUAUGCGGAAAUGUUGCCUUCUUCUCAGUGGGAAUCGGUCCCGUCUGCUGGGUGUUGUCAUCCGAGAUAUAUCCCCUGAGAUUACGUGCUCAGGCAGCUGGACUUGGUGCCGCAGCAAAUAGAAUCAGCAGUGGCGUUGUUGCCAUGUCCUUUCUCUCUGUUGCCCAUGUCAUGUCAACUGCGGGAACGUUCUUUCUCUUUUCUGCAAUUUCCGCUCUCUCUGUCGUCUUUGUAUACAUAUACGUUCCUGAAACAAAAGGAAAGUCAUUAGAACAAAUUGAGCUUAUGUUUCAGAAUGGAUUUGAGGUGCAGAAAAGUGAAGUGGAGCUCGGAGAUGUGGAGCAUCUGGUGCUGAAGGAGUGA